AUGCUGCAGCCAGAGCACCCAGCGAACACGGAUCGUGGAUCGGGGAGGGAGGCGCCGACCCCUCUAGAACCGUUGGACACGGUGCGCGCGGUGGUGGUUGAAGUCCUCUGUCGAGGUGAGAUCCUGUACUGGCAGGCCGCCGCCGAUUGGCUAGCUGCUGAGCGCGCAAAGGUUGGUAUGGAGGAGUUACAUAGGAGAUACCCAAGACAGCUCGUCCGGGCCUUGUUCACCAGCAUAGCCGCGGCGCCCGGAAGCAAUUCACGACUGGUCUGUCACGAUGGAGCAAAGGGAGAUUCACGCGAGCGGGAGCUCUGCCUCUUCCCAAACUCAAUUCGGGACGAGUACCUCGUGGACUCAAUGCUGCCUGCUCUCCGUAACGCGCCCGCCCAGUCAUCAUCCAACCAGCUAGCGGAUAAGGACGAGUCUCUCGAGUCGAUGAUGGACCAAGUCGUGAAGGAUGAGGAGGGUGCAGACGCAAGGAUGUAUGUCGUGCGAGCAGCCGGAAGAAUUGUUCGAGGCGACGUGGAGAGUGAGCCUGCCUUUAAGUGUACGCCUGGGACCAAAGAGAAGCAUCGCCACGCCGAUGAGUUGGCCAUGAAAGUGAAGCCCCCGAGAGAAACUCUACUAUCCGCGUAUCCUCCGACCUUGGUUGGAUUAUACCAAAGCAUGAAGAUGCCGCUGUAUCGCGAGAUCACAGCAUCAGAGACCGAAGAUCCUGGAAAACCCUGGGUGUGGGAGAUCGCAGGGCAAGACGGACGGCACCCUGCCACCUCGGGCGGUGAGGAGGGCGAGGACAUUGAUGGACAAAAGAGGAACGAGGCCAAACAUAUCGACAGCCUUACCCGCGACAGGCGAUCUACGCAUCGUAGGCUUCUAAUGAUGUGUGCGGUGGUGGUGGAGGCCAUUUUGCGUGGUCGGCACAUGGCUUCUCACGACAUCAAAGCGGCUCAGUGGCCCAAGUCUAAGGUCGCGCCCUCGUAUUUUUACUCGAACGCGCAGGCCAUCAAACCCGAGGGCAAAUCGCCCCAGCAACAGCGGUACGCGUUCAUCCAGAAGGGUUCAACCAAGAACUUCAGCGAUAUGAAGGCAGCCAUUCAGCGCAUACUUGCUAUCUGGCGUGGGGCCCCAGCCGGUAGGGAUGGUGCACCAUUCAUACUCGGUGGGGACGAGGAGACAUACAAACACAUGUAUCACGUCAUGGCACAUUAGCCGCGCGAGUACCGGCAAGUCCGUC